AUGACGGUCAAUCCAAAUAUUCAACAACUUCUUCAAGAUGUCCAACCUCCCCAAGUUCCCGCGUCCCGACCUCAAGACCCUUCGAACGAGAUGAAGCGUACCGACCCUUUCCAAUUUGGAUCUCGAUUUCUCGAAGAGGGCGACAACGUAUACGAAUUCAACGCAUGGGACCAUGUAGAGCCGGACGACGAGUUCAAAGCAUUCGCAGAAGGCCAAUAUGAGAAGCAGCGCGCCGCUCCUGUAUCGGAAUUUGAUCAGAAGCGCUUCAACGCCGACCCUGCCAGAUGGUGGAAUCUAUUCUACAAGAACAACACUGCGAACUUCUUUAAGGACCGGAAAUGGUUGCGCCAGGAGUUCCCCGUUCUCGCCGAAGUCACACAGAAAGAUGCGGGACCACAAGUCGUCCUGGAGGUUGGUGCUGGCGCUGGAAAUACUGCUUUCCCGUUGAUCCGGAAUAACGAGAACGAGGAGUUGAAGGUACAUGCCUGCGACUUCUCCAAAUAUGCGGUCAAGGUCAUGCGUGAGAGCGAGGAAUACAAUGAAAAGUUCAUGGUUGCAGACGUCUGGGAUGUUUCUGCUGAGGCUGACGAGAACGGCGAUUCUCUGCCUCCGGGCCUGACCGAGGGCUCUGUGGAUGUUGUGGUUCUCAUCUUCAUCUUUUCUGCUCUGGAACCGGCCCAGUGGGAUCGCGCGAUUCGCAAUAUUUACCGUCUGUUGAAGCCUGGUGGCCGUGUGCUUUUCCGUGAUUACGGCCGUGGAGAUCUGGCGCAAGUGCGCUUCAAGAAAGGCCGCUAUAUGGGAGAGAACUUUUAUGUCCGAGGUGAUGGCACACGCGUGUACUUCUUCGACAAAGAUCAGCUCAUUCAAAUGUGGAGCCGUUGGACAGCCGAUAAGGGCUUGCAAAUCAGUCUUGAAGACGACACUGAGUCUACGUCCGCCGAGCCCGGGGCCGCAUUUGAGAUCGUGCAUAUGGGCGUUGACCGCAGACUCCUUGUUAAUCGUCAGAGUAAAGUGAAAAUGUACCGCUGCUGGAUGCAGGGACAUUUCCAAAAACGUAUCGAUGCGUCUACUGCGAACAUUGAGAACGGCGAGUGA